AGUUCAAUUCCAAACAUUUCUACUGAUACAAAAUCAUUUUUGCUCUUUGGCUUCUGCAACAGCAAGAACUCCUACAAAGUACUAUGAUAAAAGAAGGUGAAAUUCCAUACAAAAAAGGGUUAUGGACAGUGGAGGAAGACAAGCUACUCAUGGAUUAUGUCAAGCUGCAUGGAAAAGGACAGUGGAAUAAAAUAGCCAACGAGACAGGUUUGAAGAGAAGUGGGAAGAGUUGCAGGCUAAGGUGGAUGAAUUACCUGAGCCGCAACGUGAAGAAAGGCGAUUUCUCUGAGGAAGAAGAUGACCUUAUAAUUAGACUUCAUAAGCUUCUUGGAAACAGGUGGUCUUUGAUUGCUAAACGGGUGCCAGGACGAACUGACAAUCAAGUGAAAACUUACUGGAAUUGUCAUUCGAGGAAGAAACUAGGGAUCAAAGAGAAAAACCGAAAAAGGGUUAAUUGUUGUCAAAGUUCCAAGCAAGUGAACGUGUCAGAUCAGGCAGCCAUAGACCCAAGUCAAGGUGAUGGUGCCACCAGUCGAGCCAUGGAAAUAGCAGUGGAUCAAAGUAGCAGCCAGCAAUCCACUGAUCAGGUCUUAAACAAUACUCAAGAAUCAGUGAUCAGUGAGAGGUAUAUGAAACCUUUCUGGAUUCCUGAUAAUGAUUUGGAGCUAAGUACCCUUUCCAUGAUGGAGUACUUUGAUGAAUAUUCUUCUUUUGAUCUUGCUUGAUAGCUAGGACCUUUGCCAAUUAAUUUGUCAAUAAUGACUAUUUAAUUAGCUUUAUCCUAUUGAAUUUAACUCCUCUGUCCAACUUUUAAUCCAUUGUGAUACCUUAAAACCACUUCAUUAACUGUAA